GCUCUUUGUGGGGCCGGGAUCGCGGUGGCGAGCGGGGCGCUCCGUGUGCUCCUCCGACGCCGCUGGCAGUGGGGCUGUCUCCAGACAGGCGGACCCACUUGGCGUCCGACACCUCCCUCGGCCGCCUGCUGCUGCACCCGUGUCCUCCUCUCCCGGGACACAGGGAUCAUUUUUCCAUCACGAGGGCGUGGGUCAGCCUCCUCUAGGACUUCAUGUCUGUAUAUUUCCCCAUUCACUGCCCUGACUAUCUGAGAUUGGCCGAGAUGACCGAGGUGAUGAUGAGCACCCCAUCCAUGGAGGAGAUUGGCCUCAAUCCCCGAAAGGACGGCCUUUCCUAUCAGAUCUUCCCCGACCCGUCAGACUUUGACCGCUGCUGCAAGCUGAAGGACCGCCUGCCCUCUAUAGUGGUGGAGCCCACAGAGGGGGAGGUGGAGAGUGGGGAGCUCCGGUGGCCACCGGAGGAGUUUUUGGUCCAGGAGGACGAGCAGGACAACUGCGAAGACAAAGCGAAGGAAAAGAAAGAGCAGUAGGGUCCCCAUGGCCUCCCCGGGUGCGGUCCUGUCUGCAGGCGGCAGCUGUCUCUGAACUAUGUUCUUCCCAUCCUGGAAGAAGAGAGCGAGUUGUGGAGGGUCUGAAAAUGUCCGAGGAGGCUUCCGUUUUGCACCUGCGAAACCCCCACUGGGUUUAUCGUUUUUUUUUUUUUUUUUUUUUUUUU